CGUGACGUGACGUGACGUGACGUGACGUGACGCGAGCGCUUCUGUUAUUGCUGAUAAUUAGAAGAGAAGUCUUGGAAGGCUGCGUUUGUUGCUGUUGUUUUUGGUUUUGUUGUUGUUUUGCCCCAUGGGCUUCUUUCGUUGCUGGAGGAGACAGAGCUGGUGGAAUUACAGCGUUGUGCUGCAGACUGCUGGGGGGCCCUGUAGCAAAUCAGGCAGCAACGAAAGGCCGAUUGCUGCCAAUGUCAUUAGUUUUGUUUUGCAUCCUACCCCAGAGGAAAGCAAGGAACGUAUUGAUCUUUAAAACACUUGUACCUGAAAAAAACGCUCUUGGAAAGAGCUGUAGCAGCUUCCUUUUCUUUUUUUUUUUUUUUUUUCCCCCGAAUAUGAUUAUCUUCCUUCAAACACAGAGCUGACUGCUAGCGACACCUUGCCCUGCCAGAGCCACGUCUGGCUUGCCUAUUGACCUUGCAGGAUGCCUUGCAAGUCAGGCCAGAGGCUUGUAAGCGUACUUUCUAGGAGUUGCAAAGCACUACAGUUUUAAAAUUUCCACAUGACAGCGCUUGUACCCUUUUGUAUUCGUAAACUUUAGCGUGGGCAAAUGCAUCCCAAGUAAUAGUCCAUUGUUAAUAGAAAUGUAUUUCUGUGUAUUACAGCCAUAUAUACUAUUCUGCUGUCCUCUGCCCAUUAGCUUGAUGGCUUCCAGAUAGUUGCAACUUUGUCAUGCCUUUCCCCAUGCCCAAUUCUGUCACUCUAGGGAAGGUUUCAGGCUCCUUUCACUUGCAAUCUGCAGCCUGAACCACUAUAUUUUGAGACUUGGCUUGAAUAUAUGGACAAGCCAAAAAAAGUGGUCAUACAUCUACAGACUUCCUAAAUGCCUGACGGUUCUGCAAAAGAAAGAGGUCUUCAUAGGGUAAGGGGAGAUUUGGUUCCCCAAUAAGGGGAAGUCAGGUGGUAAUCAGAGCCACAUGCUCACUUUGUAAGGUUGAUCCUGAGAGAUGAGAUUUUGGAUCCGCAUUUUGGAUCUGAGAGAAAAAAAGAAAAAAAGAAAAAAAAAAAGAAGAAAAAAAAAAAAACACACAACUAGGAAUAGACGUGAUGCUAACUGAACAACCUGCACGUGCUGACACAGAAAUAAUGUAUGUGAGAACCCCAAGUCAAAAGGGAUGCAGCAGGCAGAAGCUGAAUUAGGCAGUCAGCCUCUCCUUUUAAGCCAGUUAAUAGAAUUAAUUUAGAGCUAUUUAAGACUUUGCAGUAGACUCUCAAGGGUCUGCAUUUCUUCAUCUUCUUAUGGUGCCUGUUAUUGCCAACCAUCUCAUCUUUGUUACACCAACAGAGCAAUGCUUACAAGGGAGGGAAGGUAGAAUUUUUUUUUUUUUUUUUUUUCUGGAGAUUGGCAUAAUCUACUUUUGAGAUGCAUUGUCUUUUGGUCAUGCCAGCCAGUGAGCUGUGAGUUUCAGCCCCAAAAGCUAAGCAGUGAUUUAUCAAGUGUACAUGAUAAGUAAGAUGCAUGCACUGUAGAGAUGGGAAAAAAAAAUUCAUUCUGAAUGAAUGCCCACAGCUGUUGGUAGAACCAAAUGGUAAACUGAUCUGUAAAAGGCCUCAUGAAAACAAGCACCUAACAGAUCCGUGGGACUUAGUUUGUAUUUUACAGAUGACGUUUGUGAUUAGUAAAUAAAAAGAUAGAUAUGAAAUGCAUUAUUUUCCUUCUUGGCUUUUUAUUGUCUUUUCCUGAGAUGAUGAAACAAGUCUGCUUAUCUUUUUCAUUCUCUUUACCUCAGCCCAACUAACUUGUUUCAAGUUGGCUUUCUUUGCUGUUUGCCCUAGCAUGGCUCCAGUUGUUGUGACAUCACAAAAGUUACUUCUUUGCUUGAUAGCAAUGACCAAACUUUGGGGAGGGGGCGGUGAAGAGGGAGGUACAGAAAACAAGUCAUGAACUCAGGAGGGCGACUAUCCGUCAGAGCUGGAAAGGUGCUCAGGGAGCUGGACAGAGUCUAGUCUUGAGAGUGGAACAGGUAACAUCUUACAUCAUGUUUGUUUCCUUGUGUUUUAUUACUACGCAGUUGGACUCCUGACUCACCAGCCUUCCAGUCCACUGGACCAAAAUGUCUCAACAGCCUGUUUGACCAAGCGAUAGAGUAGCUUACAGUGCUUAUUACUCUCAAGAGGGAUUGUACCUUCAUCUAAGACAUGGUGCUACUUUCAAUUGUCCUGAAACAGUAUUCAAGGGGCUAAGGACAGUCAUGUGCAAUAUCUUUGCACAGACAGUACUGCUCAUCUCUGUACAGCCCAGAAUGCUGGACACAUUUCUACACUAGGUAUCAGGCCCCAAAACAUUAUUAAUUGCAAUGACUGUUAUCAUACCAUUUCCCUGUUUAGCUAGACUAGAGGCCAAAAAGUUCAAAGAUGAAUCCCGUGAUUGUUUUUUACUUAUUUUUUUUUUCUUUUGAUUUAGGUUAGACCAUCGUUUAGACAUAAGAACUUACUUGAUCCUGACAACUUGAGUACAGAAGCAAAGAAAGGACUAUUGCUUUUGACUGUAAAGAAGCAAACUUUUAGCUGUUUGCUUGAAAGACCAUCCUGUUGGGAAUUACCGGAAAUUUAGCCAUAGCUUUCUUAAUUUAAGCUUGGUUCAACAGUCAGAGGAGACGUGAAAAAUUGUCUCUUCGAUGGAAGAUGACAGUGACUCUGAGCAGAGCUCCUGGGCUGAUCUACCUGAUGUCUGUCUGAGACAUGUCUUCCACUGGUUAGGUGACAAGGACAGAUCUCGGGCUGCCUUGGUCUGUAAAAAAUGGAGUCAGGCCAUGUACUCAGGAUCCCUCUGGAGAACCAGAACCAUCACAUUCAGUGGUCAGCCAUCAAGGGCACACACGUUUGAAUUUAAAACUGCACUGUGGUAUGUCAAGAAAUUUGGCAAGUAUUUGGAGCACCUUGAAAUCAGGUUAUUGUAUCCUUACAAUACUGUCAUUACUCGAAAAUUUCAAGCGACUAUGAGAGGGCUUCUUUCACACUUGGGUAAAUGUAACAGUCGCCUCAUAUCCCUGAGCAUCAAGAACCUGGAAUUAGACCGCUUGGUCUGGAAAAACAUGGUCAGGGCUCAGUUUAUCAAGAACUUAGGUACCUUCCUGAAAAGAAUGAGCAAACAGCUUGAUUAUCUCAACUUAAAAGGAGCAAGAGUAACCUUGGAAGAAGGCUGUGGUCUUCUGAAUUCUCUGAGCUGCUUGACUAAUAAAAGCUUUAUAUCAGAAAUUAAUAUUGAGGAUUUCUUCAGUCUCCACCUUUCUGUCUACAGCAGCACCUUGUUCCACCAAACCAUGUCCAAAUUCCACAGCCUGGUUAUCCUGACUUUUAAUUAUAAUUGCAUCUCUGAUGAACUGCUGGACAUCCUGCGGGAGCACAGUGCUCAUUCCCUGCGCACCUUGAAUAUCAAAUGUCAUAUCCACGACCCUCAUGGGCAAGUCGUCUGGGGAAUGUCAUGGGCCAACUUGGCCAAGAGAGCCCCAGAACUGAACAUCAACUUCUUCUUUGAAAGAGUUAUGAAGCACGAUCACUUAGCCAGAAUCCUGCUAGUGGAAAUCCCAGUCAGGAGCAUCAGUUUACGGAGCUGCUAUUUCAGUGAUCCAGACUGGAUAGUGAGACCUACCCUCACCAACCUCCUCCCAGCCUACUGCCAUGUGCUACAGAAAUUAACACUUGAAGUAAACAAUGACCAUGAGGUGCUGGAUGAUGAGCUGCUACAGCUCAUCUUAUCAUGCAGGAGGUUGUUUUUUCUGAAAGUCUGGGCAUUUCUUAAUGUCACCUUUAUGGAGAGGCUGCUACAUAAUCGUGCAGAAAGGAGAUGCUUUUUGACUACCAUAAAGGUCAGGAUUUACACAGCCGGACAUGAGACCAGUGAGGAGGAUCGACUGUUGCGCGAUAUUUACAAGAAGUUCAAAAACCUGAUUGACUCAGAGCUUAAUUAUUUUGUCAUCACCUACCCAAUGGUAUAAGCCACAGGGAGACCCAGAAAAACACCAGUUACAUCUACAAAUGAUGAAUGAAUCCUUUAGAUGGCAUUAGUAAGGGAUUUAAAUCUUGCCAGUGCUGCCUCCAAAAGGGAAAUACCAUUACAGCAAGAGACAGGCAAGGAACAAUUUUACUAUCCCCUGGAUUAAAAUGUUGGAUUUGAGAACCAAAUGUGUCUCCUGCAUCAUUUAUCCUUGUAAUUUCUUUGUUUUCCCUCACCAGAACCAGAGGAAGCCCUUUCCCAGCCUUUACAUGCACCUCCAGUAAAAUCUAGCCCCUCCACUUUACUCAGAAAUUCCCACUGUAGAGUUUCAAACACCUCACAAUUGAAGCCCCUCUGAUUGUUUCCGUUUUACAAAUAGGGAAACAGAGAUAUGGGGUGAGGAAAUGAUUAACCCCAAAUUAACCUUGGCUUGAUCUUGACUCAGUUGCCAUCAGAUACCCCAUCCAAUGUAUCACCAGUCCCUAGUUCCUGUUGAGUUUAAUAUACACACUGUCCAGUUCUUAACAGCAGGUGUUAAGAAAAAAAACAUACCUUGGCUAGUCCUACCCACGGUGCUUCCACCCACCCCUCCCAUUUGCCCAUCUUUCCAGCAAGUGCCUUAUGUGGAAACACCUGCUUAAACUUCCACAACUUCUGUACCUCUCAGUGGCAAAAGAUAUCAUCAGUUGCACCUGAGAUAGAUAACAUGGAAGGCACAUUCCUUCUUAUUCUGGAACUUUAUUGCCAAGUGGGAGGUUUCAUCAGGCAUUCUAAAGCAUAGAAGUAGCUGUAAAUACUAGGUCUGUUUUAAUUACCUUAUACAUCUAGAACGAGAAGACAGCAUUAAGACAAACCAGUAAAUCUGGAAGUUUGUCAAUAAAAA